AUGGAGGCACCGAGCGCCUGGGAGUGUCUCACCGCCCCCUCGCCCACCACCACCACUACCACCACUCUGCGCCUCAGCAGAAAGUGCCUCCAGCAGCUGCCCCACAACGUCUAUCAGGCCCGAGGGUUGGAGAAUUUGUAUCUGGAAGGCAAUGUUCUCGCGAGCCUUCCUGAAAACUUAUUUUAUCAGUUACCAAACCUUAUCUGGUUAGACCUGAGGAACAACAAGCUCACAAGUCUCCCAUCUUCAAUUGGAGACCACAGGUGCUUGAGAACUCUGCUCCUUGAGGGGAAUCCUAUCCGAAAGUUGCCAGUAGAGCUUGGUAAUCUUACUUCACUGAAGGCAAUCAAUCUUAGAAACUGUCCAAUCGAGUUUCCUCCAGACAAUGUUCUGCAUCAAGGAUUAUCUGCUAUUCUAGAAUUCCUCCGAAAAAUAGUGAAAGAUAAUCAGAUUGAACAGAUUGAACCUUCUCUUCAGGAUACAGGACUUCCCACGGCACUUCAGAAAGAGGCACAGCUCAUCAUUGAAAAGUACAGGAAAAGUUUACCUAGGAAAUCUGUCAGUGAAAUCUGGAAAAACAUAAUCAGCAAGAUUCCCACAAUAGAAAAACUAAACUUGACUGAACGAUCCCAAUCAAGUUUAGAUUUCUCUAAUGUGGAAGAACAGCAACAAUUUGAAAAACUAAGACGUGAACUACAACAAGAUGAAGAAAGGAACUUUUUUACCCACCCUAUCAAUCAGAGUAGAAAAAUAUGGACUUCAGGUUCCCAACAGCACACCUAUACCAUUCCUAGAAAGAAGAGACCUUACCUAACAGGAAUGCUUCCUGAAUUACCAGCUUAUGAAGUAUACAUUCACGCAAAACAAAUGGAGGAACAAAGACUGGCUGCAAUAAGAGAAUUCAAAAUAAGUCAGGAAAUCAUUGAACAGAGGAGAAAAGACCUUAAAGCAUUAAAGGAUUGGAGAGAAAAGGCAAGUUCAAUGCAGGAAAAGAAAUUGAUGGAGAGAAGGGAAGGAAAUAUAUUAUUCAAGAAUGAGGUACUAAAGAAUGCACCAUUUGCUACAGAUCCAGACUUCUAUCCUGUAACAAGAAAUGAGCUUCAAAGCAAACAAGAACGUAGGAAAAGAGUUGUAAAUGUGCCAUCACUAAAGGAAGAAGAAACAAAAGAUAAACAGCUAGAACUGCAGAUCCAACAACAUAUCAGAAUGAUGUGGGAGAGAAGAAGAAAACAGAAGAAAACAGUUCAAGAGGAACUAGAGGUUGCAAAAAGAGAUCUAGAAAUUGCUGAAAAGUUCCGGUCUGAACUUGCUGAAAGAAAAAACAGGAUUCCUCCUAUAGAUUAUGCUUUCACUGCAUUUAGUAGAGAACCAUUAUCAAACAGUUAAACCACGAUCAGGAUCCAAAAUGUUGUUUCAUUAAUGAAAUUUUAAUAUACUAUCAACUUUAUGAAGAUUUGCUUCCUUUUUUAAUGGGACUGCAAUAUUUGAGAACAAUCAUUUAAAAGCUAGAACUUAUUUUUUUCUUCAAUCAAAUAACAUUUUCAUAAAACCGAAGCUUUACAUGCUACAGGUAUUAUAAAAUGUAUGGUAUUGGUAUCCUUCCAUAAAAAUAAACAUAAUCGGCUAGUAAACUAUUUUCCAUAUCUUUAUAAAAAGGUAAGUCAGUCGUUUAACUGACUAGAUCCAAUAUAGCUUGCUUUGGUCUGUACUACUACAUUUGUCAAAUGCUAUAUAAAUACCAGUUGUGGUUGUCAAAUGGUUAAUCAGUGAGAAAGGAAUAUAUUUUAUUGUUCAGCCUCAUCAGAAUUUAGAAUAGGAACAUGUUGAUUUCUGACUGCUUAUCUGUAGUUUGGAAAAGGGUUCAGCUACAUUUAAUGAAUGCAUUAUUUUUCUAAUCCUAAGUAAAUUUAACUCAGAGAAAUUGUAAUUUAAAAUGAAUAUUGAUAAUCGGAAGUAGUUAUUACUUUUUCUUUAAUUUUCUCCAGGUAGAGAUGAUUCAUUCUGGGGUACUGUUAUACAUGCAGUACAGCUCUUGGGUGCUUUGCUCAAUUAGACAUUCUUCAAAUGGUACGCUGUGAUGGCAUCACAGCCAAACCCAAUCCUCAUGCAACACCCAUAUACAGUACACUAAAAUCCUGCCUAGCCAGACCAAUGCAUGGGGGAGAUCUGGCCCAGUGAGCCGGAAUUUCCAGCUAAGUGUAAAUACAAUGUUGGGCUGGCACUUAACCGGCUUUUUUCAGUGCAGAAAAAUGCUGAAAAACCAUACUGAUACAUACACACAUUCACACACACACACAUAUUAUCUGAAAAUGCUGAAGCAACUUUUUAAUUUGUUUUCUCAAAAAGGCAAAAGCUAAUUGAAUUUAAAACACAUGGCAAUUUAAAAUCUGUAGAAACUGACAUUUGUUUUAGUGACUAUUUUUGCACCUAAUUUCUCAAUGUGAACAAACUGAUGCCUGAGUUGCUAAUUAGGUAAUACAUUACUACUCCAUGCUGAAAUUAGGUGCCUAAAAGGUAAAGUAAAGGUAACAUGUUUAUUUGCACACAGUCAACCCUGUUUUACAUCAACAGUUUGGCUCAUUAAUUUGAGAUAAUUGAGAAUCUCAUUAGGUAUUUAUAACCAGGCCUGUUUUCAUUCCACAGACACAUACAUCCCAGGUUUAGUGUCACCUAACCAUGACAUCCUGAUUUACUGUACUGUGUUUUUAUGAUAUUCUUUCGACCCUGGUGAUGGCCUGCACUAUGUGCUUUAACCCUUCGCCUAGUUUUCUCAAUUUAAAAUAAUUGAAGUUGAAUAUUCAGCCUAUAAAUACCGAAUAUUUAAACACAGUGAUCCAAUUUAUAUCAUUGAAAUGUCACUGCAUGCUAUUAUAUCCUGUUACAAAUAUCUUUUCAUCCGUCUUUCUAAUGGGAUUUUUAAAACCAACUAAAAUAUUCUACUUUGAUUCAUCAUAUGACCGCUUAUCUGUUAGAGAUUAAUAUACAACAAAACCUGUAGUGAAGUAAAAGGAGAACCCUCAUUAAACUGGAAGGAGCAUAACUAUAAGAGCUUUGUAGGCUUGAAUAAUAGAAGUGGUUGGUGAAGAAAACACAUUUAGAAGAUUUUUCAAAUCUAAGGGUAUUUGGAAGGACAUGAAACUCAUUGCAUUUUAGUAAACUGGAAUUGUGACAGCAUUUAACCUCCAUUUUAAAAUGUUAAAUUCAAACAAGGUAUGAUGUUUUUCAUUUGUAAUACUGCACCUACUGUUGGUAAGGUCAUCAAACAGAAAAAAACCUCUUGGGGAUUGGAAGAAGCCACACUUACUUCCCUAUCUACAUCCACUGAUGAUUAGGAAUUAUUUAAUUGAAAAGCUAGAAAAUAUGAUGACAGGUUAAUUCUUGAAGGCACUGAACUCUUAAUUAUUUUGCCUAAAUUAUUGUUAUUACUGUUUACAGUAUAUUUUAGCAUUAUUAUUAAUCAUACAUUGAAGGUUUUGUCAAGUUACUGACAACAAAGCUAAUCAAAUACUUAUAAUAAUAAUUAUUGUGUUCGAUGUAGCACCUUUCAAGUUAGAAUUAAAGCAUUCCACGGGGUUGACAGUGAAGUGACUGCCUUUUUUUUUGUAGGUGUAUUUUGUUCAGUUAACCAAUAAGUGUCUCGUGGAUUACUGUUUACAUUUUUGACCAGAUUACCUUCAAAAGGACAAUAUUAUGAAAGUUCAGCGAUCUGCAAGAUUAUUUCUGGAACUUAAAUCUCUUAAAUUAUUCUUGUUUUCAUUAAAGAGGAAUAUGAUCCACUUUUUUAAAAUGAAAAGCAUCAGUUGUCAAUCUGACUCAGCCAGUUGCACUCUCAACUUGGUGUCAAAUGGUUGUACGUUCAAGCCCCAGGUUAGGUUUUAGUGCUUACAGUAUAGAAUGGACAAGUCCAUUGCUGGGGUCGUGUUCCAUUGUCAGAGAUACCAUCAUUUGGACGUAUAAACCAUUUAUUCAUGAAUGUGAAAGAUGGCCAAUAAAAC